AAAAUAUCUAAGACUAAAAUGGAAGGUGCAGGAGAAAUUGCCGAACUAUUCCCAGAAGCUCCAACUCUUGAAGAUGCUGGAGGUGACCAAGGUGUUCUUGAUCACAUGCUCAAGUCCAGAGAAGACGGAAUCAAGUUCAUGGAACUCAUGAAGAAAGAUGACUGGAAGCCACAUACUGACAAAAAUGGUGUCGUUCUUGAGACUAGAGAGUAUGAGGGAAGUGACCUCUUGAUGUCUAAGGUUACCACUGAGGUCAAUGUCAGCGCCACCAACGCCUUGAAAGCAUUCAGAGACUUCGAUUUGAUGAGAAAAGUCGACGGAACUGGAGCCGAAAUCAAAGACGUCAAAAGCAUUGACAAUGCCAACAGAUAUUACUACUACUGCAUCCCAUCAAUGUUCUUGGUGAGUGCCAGAGAUGCCUUCAACUUUGCUCACGAGAUCGAGCUUGAAGAUGACAGUUACUUGCUCAUGCUAAUCGGUGUGGAUGUCCCAGACUUCGAUAGAAACGAAUCAGCAGUGGAGAUGAAAGUAACCAUUAUGGGAGCCCACUUCGAAGAACUCGACGAUGACAAGUGCCGCAUGACAAAGAUUGCUCAUGUUGACUUGGGAGGCAGUAUCCCAACAACAUUCAUCAACUGGAUGAUCGGAGCCAACCACACCCAGUGGAAGAACUUGAAGGACGAAUUGGAGUCAUAA